GGAAAAAGAAAAGAAAAAAAGAAUAAGAAAAUCAAUGAAGUUUGCUGCAAAAGAAAGAAGAAGCAAAUAUUAGAACGAUAACAAAAGAAAAGAAAAGAAAAGAAAAAAGUUUAUUUAGAAGAAUUUUCUCGGAGGAGAGAGAAAGUGAGAAAAUGCUGGAAAAUUUAGGGAUUGUUUACACCGAUCCGUUUCUGUAGAGCUCCGAUCCGUACAAUCCACAGACAAAGCAAUAAAUGCGUUAGAUCCGGCUGUCUGAUACAGCAUUAGUCGCAUUGUAAUUUGACAUUUCAAUUCUUUUCGAGGUUUAUCUUCGAGUUUGGGGAUCUCUCAGUGGUACUACCAUGGAGCUUCAUAUACAGAGUUUGAAGUCCGCUUUGACUUGAUUGGAAAUGGACGUUUUGGCCUCUGCGUUUGGAGUGGUCCAGUUGCUUCAGUAAUUAUGCUAAUUUAUGCAAGUUUUGUAAUUAUGAUAAAUAUAUAUAUUACGAGGAUUUGAUGUUGAGUUGACUUGGACUUACCAUCUACGGUUCCUAUGGGGUAUUGGGUCGCUUGCAUUGGAAAUUAAUUGAUUCUGUGACAAGUUUUCGAGAAGGGCGAACCACAUAAGGGUUUUUUAUGAGCGACAGUGAUUGCGUGCUUUAAUUAUUUUCCUAUGCAUUAUCCCAUUACGGGUUCAUUUUUGGGAGUUUGGGCUUUUUAAUUUUUGGGAAUAAUCAUCUUCACUGUGGCUAACAGCGUGAUAUAUACAUUAUGGAUAAUUCUUUCUUGUACAAGGGUUGUUUGAUUUUGGGUUGUACUGAGAGAUUGGUGUUGAGAUUUUGAGAGACUGUAGCUUUUUGGUGGCUGGCGGAGAUGUCUCCUUCUCCGGCAUUGAGGUCUUCUCCUGGAGGGGAAGUGAGAACCAACAAUAAUCACAAACGAGGACACAGUUUUGAAGGUGGGUUGUUUCUCAGAGAAAAAGAUGACGAUCUUGCUUUGUUCAGCGAAAUGCAGACCCGAGAAAGAGAGAAUUUUUUGCUUCAGUCCUCCGAUGACCUAGAAUUCACACUUCCUUCAAAAUUGAGACACUUUUCAGAUAUUAAGCUUGGGAUCUCCAUUCCAGUACGAGGAGAGAGCACUAGUAACCUGCUUAAUGCCGAUGGGGAGAAGAAUGACUACGACUGGUUAUUAACACCUCCCGACACUCCUCUGUUUCCUUCACUGGAUGAUGAGCCACCACAACUAACUUCUGCAAGAAGGGGAAGACCUCGAAGUCAACCUAUUUCAAUAUCCAGAUCAUCGACGAUGGAGAAGAGUUAUAGGAGCAGUAGGGGUAGUGCAAGUCCAAAUCGUUUAAGUCCAUCUCCUCGUUCUGGAAGUAGUACAUUUCAAUCAAGGGGAAGGCCAUCAUCAGCACAUCAAUCUAGUCCAUCAUCAGCUCGUCAAUCUAGUCCAUCAUCAGCUCGUCCAUCCAGUCCAUCAUCAGCUCGUCAAUCUAGUCCAUCAUCAGCCCGUCAAUCUAGUCCAUCUCCAGGUUUACGACAUGCUACUCCAUCACGAAGACCAUCUACUCCCCCAAGUAAACCCUCGUCUCCUGCUCCAAGAUCUUUAACCCCGACUCCCCGUAGAAUGAGCACUGGUUCUGGUAGUCUGCCCUCAUCAGGGGUAAGAGGAGUCUCCCCUGUAAAGACUAGCCGGGGGAACUCAGCAUCUCCUAAAAUAAGAGCAUGGCAAACCAAUAUUCCUGGGUUCUCCUCUGAUGCACCUCCAAACCUACGUACUUCUCUUGCCGAUCGACCUGCAAGUUAUGUGAGGGGUUCCUCACCAGCAACAAGAAAUGGAAGGGACUCUUCCUCCAAUUACAGAAGGCAAUCAAUGUCACCAACUGCAACUAGAAGUGUUAGCUCAUCUCAUAGUCAUGAGCGGGAUCCAUUUAGCUCUCAAAGUAAAGGUUCUAUCGCUUCUUCUGGUGAUGAUGAUGUUGACUCUAUACAGUCCAUGCAUGUGGGUAGCUUAGAUCGAUCAACAACAAGAAGAGUUGCUACUUUCUCGAAUAAUAGAGGUCCUUCCCUUGCCAAAAAGUCAACCAAAAUAGCGUCUCCAUCUUCUGCUCCUAAAAGAUCAUUCGAUUCUGCUCUCCGACAAAUGGAUCAUCGGAAAAGUCCUCAGAAUAUGUUUCGACCCCUUUUAUCCAGUGUCCCUAGUACCACCUUUUAUGUUGGAAAAGCAAGUUCUGCUCAUCGUUCUUUAAUCUCUAGAAAUUCAUCAGUCACAACAAGUAGCAAUGCAAGUUCUGAUCAAGGCACUAGUGCAGCACCUGAUACUGAAGGGAGUGAUCACAACCAAGAUGAUGGGGCUAGUGAAUUUGAGAGAGUACCAUUUUCUGAUGUUCCUGAGGAAGUAUUUGCCUUUGAUAAGAUGGAUGUUGUAAAUGAAGCCAUUGGACAUGAAAUUGAUGAUGGAUCAAUAAAUAAUGGUGAUUUUGAUAAAGGCCCUAAAACUGAGUUUGUUGUUGCUGACCCUGGAGAGUCCCAUCACCACGGUAUUGUCACAGUAGUGGGUCCAACUUCAGAAGCAUCUGUUGUUAAUGAUGAUUUUUCAGAAGUGGAUAGUAUUGAAAAUAUGGCAGUUUGUUCUAGAUGUGGUUGCAGAUAUCAUUCUUCUGAGACAGAGGAGAAGUUCAAUGGACUAUGUCAAGAAUGUAGUAGGAAAGAUAAACUUUUGAGGAUAGCCACUCUAGAGACAGCUGUAGUUGUUGAUACCUCCCCUGUGUCAUCUACAAAGAUUACAGAAGAGAAACAUUACGAUGAUUUGACAUCUGGGAUGGCUGUGCCUGAGUUGUCACAAGAUAAUGAUGAGAGGGGGCCAAAGAGUUUUCAGGAUGAGGAGAAUGUCGAAGAAGGCAAAACUUCUUACAAUGAGCAAAGUCAUAAUUACUUGCAAGAAAAUUCUCGUGCAAGGUCAGAGGAGCAAGGAGGAGAGGUUAGUUUUGCCAAGAAGCUAGAGGAUGGCCCAUUAGCUGUUGGUCAGGGUUUACCCAGUAAUGACAUUGGGAGUCAAAAACUGCAUCACGUCGCUGACUAUCCAAAUUUGAGGUUUGAUGUUUCAGAGAGUGCAGGAAUUUCAGUAUUGCUGAAGAGAACAAGCAGCAGCAAGGGGACUGUUGUUCGUGGCAGGAAUUUUUCAGCCGCUAGCAUACCGUAUGAUGACCUGUCAUAUGCUAAAGAUAGUGUAAGCAGCAUGAGAAGCUCCAUCGGGCAUGGCAGUUUCUCCACUUCAUCCUCUGUUGAUUUUGGUACCCGACAAACAGAUAGCCGGGUACAGCGGCAGUUAAGUAGUGGCAGGAAAUCAGACACAGAGCACUAUAGAAAUGACAAGAACACGAGACCUCAAAACCAUGGCUCAUCUUUCUCUGGGAUUGGAAACCUAUCCCGUCAAGCAUCAUCUCUUUCAACAAACACACAUGAAGAUAAUUCUCAGGUUUCCGUGGGCAAUGUGGAAUACGAUCUUUCAAAGGAGACACUUGUAUUAUCUCGAGAACAUUUGGUAGCUUCAGAUCAAACUAAAGCAGAUGUUACUGAUACACCUUCUACACUUGUUGAGGAAGAUGAUUAUGAACACAAGGACAGCAGAACAGUCGAUGCCUCUACCUCUGAACUUCAGAAUCCUGCAGUUGGUAUUGGUUUAGAGGAAAAACUGGUAGCAUCAGGUACAAAUUUUGAGGCAUGUGGUUUAUCUGAUGUACAGUCGCCCAAAUAUGCCACUGGUACGACAGAACUAGAGCCACGGGAUACUCCAGGGUCUUCUUGUACGGAGGAACAUGCCAAUCUGGAUGGUGAUAGAAUGGAUAGAGAUGUUGCAACUCAUAGUUCCAUGGUUAUAGUGUCUGAAAUAGAAAUUGAAAAUGGUCACCACAGUACCCCUGGUUCACUGAGUGAUAAUGUCUCUCUUGCAUCAAAGAGCACCUCGGAGGAAGAGCCUUCACCGUUUAACCCUUCUGACAAGGAUAUGAUAGCUUCGGCUACAGAGUCCAUGAACUCUGUUCAGGCACAUGACAUCCUAGAACAAGAAUCAACGAUAAUGGUAGAGUGUCAAAAGGGAAGAAGGGGAAGAAGCCUAACACUCGACGAGGCAACGGAUACAAUUCUUUUCUGCAGCUCCAUUGUCCAUGAUCUGGCCUACAAGGCUGCAACCAUAGCACUGGACAAGGAAAGUUCAGAUUAUCCAUUAGAAGGCUCCCAGCCAACAGUUACAAUAUUAGGAAAAUCCAACCAUGACAAGAAGGACGUGCCACAUGGCAGAAUUGUCGGCCAUGGCCCUUUGAAAUCUCUAAAGACCGCCAGGAAAAGGAAGGUAGAGACAGGUGCCAAACCUCCUAGCGUGGACGAGAACGACGAGAACACUGUUGAACCAUUAAAACGCAGUGUUGAGCCUCCUAAUAAGGUGGAUACCUUGAAGCCUCCAAAGCUGGAAUCAAAAUGCAAUUGCACAAUAAUGUAAGUUCGUCUCUCCCUACCAACCCCACUAUUAGCAUAAUUAUACGAAGGCGAUGGAGCCAAGUCCUUGUAUUUUGAUGGUUUUAUGUUUGAAGGGCUGUUUUGUUCCCAUUUAUUUGUAAGAAAUACCACGUUGUGUUGGUGACCAAAUUGUAAAGCUUCUUUUUUUCUUUUUUUUUAGGCUAAUAUUAGUUAAGGCAAUGAAGGGUUGUGUUUGCUCCAGUUGCCACAUUCUUGUUGGUUAUUCUGAUUUGGGUUAAUUCCUUAUUAGUAGAGAUAAGUGUGAAUGAAAAAAGAAAAAAAAAAAACCCCACUGAUUCAUAUUUGUUAUGAUUGUGAAGAUUACCUUCCAUUUAUUCAUCCAUGUUGAAGUCAA